AUGACCAAUUCAGAACCAGUCCACUCGGUAUUAUCUGUCACAGCAAUCAGUGCCACCCCAUUAUCCCCUAUCACCGAAUCACAAAGUUUCACAUCAAUCGUCGAUAUCGAAAGUGAUGCCCUGAACCUCGACCACCCCUCAUUUAAACUUCGUUAUAACCGUUCAAACUCAAUCUCAUCCAAUUUAUCCGACUACGAAACUCCCACCGGUUUACCCACCAUCAAAGUCCUAGGCACAGGAGGAACCAUCGCUUCCAAAGGUUUAACAUCCCAUCAAACAGCAGGAUAUGAAGUCGACCUCACAAUCGAAGAAUUAAUAAACGCAAUCCCGGACUUAUCCACCACAUGUCAACUCGAAUAUGAACAAGUGAUGAACAUCGAUUCCAAAGAAAUAACCCACACCGAAAUCCUCACCCUCUAUCAAAAGAUCCAACUCGACUUACUCAAAUAUGAUGGGAUUGUCAUCACUCAUGGAACCGAUACUAUGGAAGAAACGGCUUUCUUCAUCCAAUCCACAAUCAAUACCAAAAAACCAAUCGUCUUCUGUGGAUCAAUGCGCCCCUCCACGGCAAUCUCAUCCGAUGGACCCAUGAAUCUCUAUCAAGCCAUCGUGAUCGCGGCUCAUCGCCAAUCGAAAAACCGAGGCGUCUUGAUCGCGUUGAAUGAUAGAAUCGGAAGUGGGUUCUAUAUAACGAAAUCAAAUGCCAAUAGUUUGGACACCUUCAAAUCAAUCGGUCAGGGAUAUAUUGGGAAUUUCAUCAAUAAUGAAAUUCGGUAUUUCUUCCCCGCGGCAAAACCUCAAGGUUUGACUUAUUUCCAUAUUUCCCCUAAUCCCCAAUUCCCCGAAAUACCCAUCCUCUAUGCCCAUCAGGGAUUCAAUAACAAUCUCAUCAAAGUCUCCAUCGAGAGCUUAGGCGCCCAGGGACUCGUGCUUGCUACCAUGGGAGCUGGAUCUAUGUCAGAAAAAACCAACCAAUAUCUCGCCGAUCUAAACCUUCCACCGAACUUCCCCAUUGUGUAUAGUAAACGGUCUAUGGACGGUAUGGUCCCCAUUGGUGCAUUACCAAAAGUGAAAGCCAAGAAUGGAGAGGUUGGGGUUUUGAAGAAUGCGAUUGCGGGAGGAUAUUUGAAUCCUCAGAAGUGUAGGUUGUUGUUACAAUUGUGUUUGAAUGAAGGGUACGGGUUGGAUGAGAUAAAGAGGGUGUUUAAGGGGGUGUAG